GUGUAUUUAGGUGGAAAAGUGACACAGUCUCGGACGACGGUGUAAGUUGACGGGCGAGGCGUAGCCGAGGCCGGCAAACACCGAAGGCCCAGAAUAUGCUUUUCCACCGAAAUACACAUACUAUUUUUUCUGCGAUCGGUUGAAUACCUGUUAAAUGUUUGUCUUUUGGUUCCAAAUAUUCAGCAGUACGAGAAUCACUUUCCCGGCCUAGGCCGGAAUAGUUAUUUUCCUAACAAGUGCGCAAAGUGAUACUUUCCCGCACGAAAUUGCUUUUUCCAUAAUUAUUGUCUGGGUGUUCAUAUUCAGUUGAAAUUGUUUUCCCACAAGUCUGAGAUAUCAGUAACACUGGUAACCAACCAUGUAGGUAACUGUUUUUCCAUUUUGCAGUGAAUCUUAAUUUUUUCUCAAUCAUGCAACAAUUAUAUUUUUUUUAAUAUGUGCUGCUGCUGCUGUUAUAAACCUAUAUUAUUAUCUCCGACAGUAAAAACUACUCAAGUAAAUUUUCAAUAAAUUUCCCAUUGAUAUGCAAAAAUUACAAAAGUUCAUUGAACAUUCAAAAUAGGUUUUGGGCAAUGCCAAAAUCUAUUUUCACUCCACAACAGUUCCGAAAAUAUUACUGUCUGUGUUGAACUAAACUGCGCAAAGAUGCAAUAAUUAAUUCUCACAAUAAUAAUUAAUCUGUUUAUUAACUAAUAAUUGUGUCGAUAGCAAACACAUGUUCAUCUAGUUUUUUUCACAGAAUUGAAUCUACUUAAUUAAUGUGCUUUAGAGGUUUAGUGUGUGCUCUGUACUAUGACGUCAGAGUUAAGUGCAUUAAAUAAUGCAUCAGGUAAGUCCAACCCUGACUAAUUUUAGUAAGUCCUUUCCUGGAAUACAUAUUUCUAUUUAAUUACUUGAAAUGGCAAAAUAAAAGUUAAUACACUUUUCCUAUUAAUACCCGUAUAGUAUGACUUGGGUAAACAGUGCAUUUAUUUUUUUCCAAUAACUAGUAAUUAUUGUAGAUUUCAGAAAUAUUGCAACAUUCGAUUUUGUUUAUCUAUACAGAAAGCUUGUCGGUGGGGUCAGUAAUACUAAAAUAAUGUAUUUAUUGUAAUUAUUAUUUUAGUUAAGCAUAUUCAAGUGAAUAAUGAAUGAUAAAAGUUUAGGAAGUGAAAACUAUGCUUUGGUUCAAGGAGAUAAUGAGCCAGCCGACUUUGAAAAGGCUAUAACAACAGCAAAAUGGGGUAAGUUCCAUUUGAUGGUAUACGCUAUAGCGAUUACGUCAGGAUGGUCGUCGAUGUUAGAAACCACCUCAAUGUCUUAUGUUUUUCCUGCGGCUGAGUGCGAUUUGAAUCUUAAUUUGGAACAUAAGGGCUUGUUGAAUGCUAUAACUUAUGCAGGUAUGAUUUCAACUGGAUUUGUUUGGGGUUACCUCUGUGACACUUUAGGACGGAAAAAGCUUUUGGUAACCGGAUAUUUGUUGGAUGGUCUUUUUGUACUACUGUCGGCUUCUUCGCAAAGCUUCACAAUGCUAAUGAUAUCCAAGUUUUUUGGCGGAUUAAUAAUCAAUGGGCCAUUUUCAGCUCUCACAACGUACUUAUCAGAAUUACAUUGUGCCACACAAAGAAGUCGGGCACAAUUUCUUUUGGGCAUAAUUUACAGUACCGGAACAUUGUUUUUACCCGUCCUUGCCAUUUUGGUACUACCUCUUGAUUUCAGAAUAGAAUUAUCUCAAUAUUUUGUGUUUCAUUCAUGGAGUCUCUACUUAUUUCUGUGCGCCUUUGCUCCACUAACAAGUGCCAUAGCUUUCAUAUUUCUCCCGGAAAGUCCAAAGUUUCUAAUGACGACAGGCAAAAAUGAAGAGGCGCUUAAAAUUUUCCGGAAAAUUUACAGAAUGAAUACUGGUAACCCGGAAGAUACUUAUCCAGUUAAAGCUUUGGUGGAUGAAAUUGAACUCAAUUCGGGCAACAAAUACGGAAAAGUAACAGCGAAUCGAUCGAAAACUAAAGCAUUUCUUGAAGGCUUUGAGCAAAUGAAGCCGCUAUUUCAUCGUCCGUAUUUUACGAAGCUGAUUUUAGUUUGUAUUAUACAAUGUUUCACAAUGAGUAGCUUGAACACUUUACGAUUGUGGCUACCUCAACUUUUCCAAGCGAUGAGCGAUUACGAGCUCAAUCACAAUACAACGGCACCUCUAUGCGACGCUCUAGAUGUUUUCCACGCCAAUACAACUGUAAGGAAUGUUACUGAAAAGUGUGUAGUGAACACUAACUUGUCAGUGUACACAAACUCAGCUAUAGUUUGCAUUGUUACUUUAAUUGCUUAUGUGAUUUCUGGUGGGCUGAUUAAUAAAGUAGGCAGAAGGCGAUUAUAUGUAUUCUUAGCUAUUCUGGCCGGAUCAGCAGCGAUGUCACUCUUCUUUUCAAUAAACAACCUAAUGACUUUAACGUUAGCUUCGAUUUUUGUUGCUGCAGGCAGCGUUAUGAUUAAUUGCAUGCUUGCUUUCAUUGUGGACAUGUUUCCUACAACUUUAAGGACAAUUACCGUAGCUCUGGCAAUGAUGAGUGGUAGAACUGGUGCUGCUUUAGGCAACACUCUGUAUCCAGUUUUGUUGCAUGGAGGCUGCGCGCCGCCUUUCUUUUUCAAUGGAUUUUUGAGUUUGAGUUGUGCCUUGUUAGGGUUUUUGUUGCCAGCGACCGACUUUAGUGCACUUAAAUAAAUUUUGAAGAAAUUAGGUACCUAUAUCAAUAAGAAGGCAGGAACAAAAACAAUUACCUAAACAUUUAUAUUAUUGAGAAUAAAGUUUUAUUUUUUUUUAA